AUGUCCCUCAAUGACAACGGGCCAGACAAUAUUCCCAGCAUCGUGACCACUGACCUCUCUCUCGACCCAGCACCCCCGCGCACGCCCUCUCCGCACCCGUAUCCACCGCCAUCGCCUUCCUUGUCCCCGUCCUCUUCUUCUCCGCACAAUAAUCCCAGCCCGCUGUUUCUCUCGCCUUCUCCCAUUCUCAGGUCCCCCAUUCGCCCGCGGUCCAGCCUGGACGUACCGCCGCACCCAGGUUACUCACCCACUCUUUCUCCGCGUUCCCCAUCUCCUAGCUAUGCGUCAUCAACAGAUGACCGUGCGUCCUCUUCUUCUCAUCCUCCCCCCUCUCCCACUCUUUCUGCCCGCUCUUCUGUCCACUUCGCAAACACCUCUCUCGCCCUGCGUGACAACAAGCCAGACUCCGGCUUCUCCUCUCUCCAGCUCCUCUCGGCAGAUUACCACCACACACACAGUCGACGCAAGGGCAGCGUCAGCAGCGCGAUAUCCAUGUCGUCGCACGCGGAGACCGAGCCAGACCCGCACGGCACCCCGUACGGUCUUGUCACGCUCUCCAAUCCCUGGGGAACAGCCCACAGCUCGCCCUCGGCCUCGCCAACGCAGACACACUUCGAGGCGUCCGAGUCCGAGGACGUCGACGGCACCACCGUCCUCUCGCACUCGCGCUCGCGCUCGUAUUCUCGCCGUAAGUUGUCUGACGCGCAGCGCAGCUCCCCCGCGCACUCCCCCACGGCGUCCGUGCACGUGGCCCCAGAUGCCGACGCACCAGACGCGGAGAACCGCCCGGAGCUCGACCUCACACAGGACGACGCGAUCGACCCCGCGCCGUUCGCGUUCAAGCCGUACGCGCUCGCGUCGCUCGUCGACCCCAAGAACAUGCCCGCACUCCAGGACAUGGGCGGCGUGCACGCGCUCCUGCGUGGGCUCGGCACACACGCGAAAUUUGGGCUGGACGCGCGUGCGCUCCAGCAUGCGUCACACGAACACGAGCACGCGCACUGGCACGAGCGGCACGCGUCGGAGCGCACUGAGGACACCGCCACGUCGCGUGCAGGGCUCAUCGCCCCGCAGACGCAGAAGGCGCAGGAUGACCGCCCUGGCGCGGGAAUAGGGGCAGGCCUCGGGGCGUCGCAACGACAUGAUCGGAAUACGCGUGCAGGCAUCGGCGUCGGGGAGACGGACGCGGUGCCGGGAAUUGUAGUGACCGCUCCCGCGAGUGAAGGCGGGUCGCCGUUGGCGUCGCCUGCCGCUGUGGAUGACGGGGCAAGCACAAGGUGUGGCGACGAGGAGCCGGAGGGGAGUGUGUGGAAGGAGGCAACGGGUACAAGUACGGAAGGUGAGGAGCGCAGCAUGGAAGAGGGCGACGAGAAGGCAUAUACUGCGCCGAUAGACGAGCGCCGGAGAGUAUAUGGCGUGAACGUGCUCCCGACGCGGAAGACGAAGAGUUUGCUGCAGCUGAUGUGGCUCGCCAUGAAGGAUAAGGUGUUGGUGUUGCUCUCGAUCGCAGCGGUAGUGUCUCUGGCUCUAGGCUUCUUUCAAGAUUUCGGUACGCCGCGACCGCCUGGAGAGCCCCCGGUCGACUGGGUGGAGGGCGUGGCAAUUAUCGUUGCGAUCGUUAUCGUCGUGCUCGUCGGUUCGCUGAACGACUGGCAGAAGGAGCGGCAGUUCCAGGUGCUAAACGAGAAAAAGGAAGAGCGUGGCGUCAAGGUCAUGCGUGCGGGUGUCGAACACGUCAUUGACAUCAAAGAGGUCGUCGUAGGCGACGUUGCGCUGCUCGAGCCCGGCGAGGUCGUGCCGUGCGACGGCAUCUUUCUCUCUGGGCACAAUGUGCGAUGUGACGAGAGCGCUGCGACGGGCGAGACGGACGCUAUUCGCAAGGCGCCGUAUGAUGAUUGCUUGGCUAUAGAGUCGGCCCACCACGAUCACGACACGCACACUGAUUGCUUCAUCAUCAGCGGGAGCAAGGUCCUUGAGGGAUACGGGCGGUACGUGGUCAUCUCGGUCGGCACCAAGAGUUUUAACGGUCGGAUUAUGAUGGCACUCCGCGGCGACUCGGAGAGCACACCGCUGCAGCUGAAGCUGAACGACCUCGCCGAGCUUAUCGCCAAGGUGGGCAGCGCGGCGGGGCUCGUGCUCUUCAUCGCCCUCAUGAUCAGGUUCUUCGUGCAACUGGGCACCAACAAUCCACCUCGCACUGCGAACCAGAAGGGCAUCGCGUUCGUGCAGAUUCUUAUUAUUUCUGUGACACUGGUCGUCGUUGCAGUUCCCGAGGGACUGCCGUUGGCGGUAACACUGGCGCUCGCGUUCGCGACAAAGCGGAUGACGCGGGAGAAUUUACUCGUGCGCGUGCUCGGCUCGUGCGAGACGAUGGCGAACGCGUCCGUCGUGUGCACGGACAAGACUGGCACGCUCACGCAGAACGCUAUGAGUGUCGUGGCGGGCACCGUCGGCGUGCACUGCAAAUUUGUGCACCACCUCGAAGACAACCGUGCGCGCACCAACGCCAGCGAGGCCCCCGUUCGCGAGGACCUCGGUGGCGCAUUGCGCGCAGGGCCGAGCUCGGGCUCGGAUACGUCAAUGAGGAAGCACACGCAGGACUUCUCGAUUGACCAGCGCCAGCUGAACGACGUGCUCCCGCCCUCGCUGCGGGAGCUGUUCAACGCCGCGAUAGCGGUGAACUCGACGGCGUUCGAGGACACGGACCAGGAAACGGGACGGCUCGCGUUCGUUGGGAGCAAGACCGAGACCGCACUUUUGGGGUUUGCGAAGCAGAACGCGUGGGAGGACUACAAGCGCGUGCGCGAGGGGGUGUCUGUCGUGCAGAUGCUGCCGUUUUCGAGCGCGCAGAAGGCGAUGGGCGUCGUCGUGCGCCUCCCUGGGCCCCGGCCGCGCUGGAGAGUCUACCUGAAGGGCGCGAGCGAGAUUUUGACGAAGCGUUGCACGAGGUACGUCGUCGUGCGACAUGACGGCGGCAGCGCGGAGGUCGACGAGGUCGAGACGCAGGAGAUUGAUGAGCUUGCGAGCGAUAACAUUUCGCGGACCAUCAUUUUCUAUGCCAAUCAGACGCUUCGGACCAUCGGGUUGUGCUACCGCGAUUUCGAUGUGUGGCCCCCGCCUGGGGCAGAGUACGUGGACGAGGACGAGGUAUCCUUUGAUGAUCUCGCUUGUGAGCUGACGCUCAUAGCUGUGGUUGGCAUCGAGGAUCCGCUGCGCGAGGGCGUACGCGAAGCCGUUGCGGACUGCCAUAAGGCAGGCGUGACAGUCAAGAUGUGCACGGGUGACAACGUUCUGACUGCGCGCUCCAUCGCGCUGCAGUGCGGGAUAUUCACGUCCGGUGGCAUCAUCAUGGAGGGCCCUUUUUUUCGCAAGCUCAAUCGCGACGACCUGCUCGAGGUCGUUCCGCGUCUUCAGGUGCUUGCGCGGUCCUCCCCGGACGACAAGAAGCUUCUGGUCGAGACCCUGAAGGACCUCGGUGAGAUUGUUGGCGUUACCGGGGAUGGUACGAACGAUGGCCCUGCUCUCAAGACUGCCGACGUUGGAUUUUCGAUGGGCAUUGCGGGCACUGAAGUCGCGAAGGAAGCGUCGGAUAUCAUCUUGAUGGACGACAACUUCGCCUCGAUCGUCAAGGCUAUCAUGUGGGGACGCUGCGUGAACGACGCAGUGCGCAAAUUUCUGCAGUUCCAGCUCUCGACGAACGUCACUGCUGUUGCUGUCACGACGAUUUCUGCGGUCGCGUCGGCGUCGGAAUCAUCCGUUCUGUCUGCUGUGCAGUUGCUGUGGGUUAACAUCAUCAUGGAUACGUUCGCUGCGCUCGCCCUUGCCACCGAUCCUGCGUCUCCGGCAUUGCUUGACCGCAAGCCUGACAAGAAGACUAGCCCGUUGUUCUCGGUCGAUAUGUACAAGCAGAUCAUCGGUCAAUCGGUGUAUCAGAUCAUUAUCGUGCUGGUUUUCCACUUCUUGGGCAAACGGGUGCUCACCUCGGACUCGAAUAACGCGGUGCAGACGGUCGUGUUCAAUCUCUUCGUCUUUGCGCAGAUUUUCAACUCGAUGAAUUGCCGUCGGUUGGACAACCGCCUCAAUAUUUUCGAGGGCAUGUUAAAUAAUUACUAUUUUAUGGGUAUCACGCUACUUGAAAUUGGCGUCCAAAUCCUGAUCGUAUUCGUCGGCGGUGCGGCUUUCUCAGUCACUCGGAUUUCCGGUCGUGAUUGGGGUAUCAGCCUCGCGCUCGGCGUCGUCUCUAUCCCUCUGGGAGCUCUCCUUCGUUUCAUACCAAACGCACCCGUUGAACGGUUCUUGAAGGCUAUCCGCUUAAUGUCUAAUCCCGAGGUGCUGCCGACGACUCGACCCGAUACGGAGUGGAACUCCGCCAUCGAGCUCGUCCGGGACAACCUAAAUACUUUCUCCCAUGUACGUGGUGGGCGCAUGCGCGCAUCAUCGUACGUGGGUAAGAGUCGCAAAGCACAUGCACCGCCGCAAUCCCGCGUACCUCUUUCGUCGAUUAUGACGAUGGUUCCGACAUUGGUCGCAUCUUCGAUCGGUGCUGGCUGGGCUCCUCAGUCUCCUAGUGGUCUUUCAGAUCCUGCGCGCUUCGACCCGUCGAAGUCGUCGGCUGCGUUGUGGGAAGGGCGCAUACAGUUCCAUCCGGACACGAAGCAUGACGACCCAGCGUUUAAGCGAUGGGGUUCGAUAGCGCGACACGACAAAUAG